AUGUGGCGGCUUCUCGGGGCAAUCCUCGCCCUGGUGACAGCGGGUGUUGCGUUCUUUAUCAAUCUCGUCUACGGGAAACGUAGAGAAUUCGACGGCCUGCCGCAACCGCCUCGAUCAAGCACCUUCUGGGGCCAUCUCCCGCUUGCUGGGGAAUGCAAGAAAGUGUUCCCUCCAGACACUCACAUGCAGUGUUGGGCAAACUAUAUCAGGAAGAAGUUCGAUCUGGGCGAUGUAUUCUACAUCGACUGGUGGCCCCUUGGGCCCCGGUGGCUUUUCAUCGCCGACCCAGAGCUGGCCUCGAAGUAUGUGACUACUGGCCAGUCUCUUCCAAAAUCCUCUCUCACGACAGGAUACCUGGACAGGCUCCUGGGGCGUGACAACAUGGUUGGUCUCGAUGGACAGCGGUGGAAGUUUUUGCGUUCCAUCUUCAAUCCCGGUUUUUCAGCAAGUCAUCUCAUAAGUCUGGUUCCGUUCAUCGUCGACUCGACCUUGAUAUUCCUCGACAUCCUCCACGAAAAGGCCAAGACCAAUGAAUUCCUCAGCCUCGAUGCUCUCAGUACGUCCUACACAAUCGACAUUAUCGGGAAGAUCGUGAUGGAAACCGACUUUCGCGCCCAGCUCGACCCAGAACCACACCCUAUCGUCACAACAUUUCGGCACCAGAUCGAUCUCAUGCCUGUCUCAAGCAGUGUAUCGCUGGACGGGCUGAACUUUGUGCGCGAAGUGAAAAUAUGGUUGAACAUGCGCAAACUGGACGCUCUUCUGGGUGCCGAGAUCGACACGCGUGCCGCCGCGCGCAAGGCCGCAAAGGCCGCCGAUGGCACCACCGAGAAGAAGGGGUUCAAAGAGCGCAAACGCUCCGUCAUCGAACUCGCGCUUGACGCGUACGACAAUGAAGCCGCGGGCGUGGGCGACGACAAGUCGUCUUCGGGGUUGAACGCGUCCUUUCGGACGCUAGCCAUCGACUCGAUCAAAACCUUCAUCUUCGCGGGCCACGACACCACCUCGUCGACGAUCUGUUACACGAUGUACCUGCUGCACCUACACCCGGACGUCCACACCAAGGUCGUCGCCGAGCUGGACACCGUCUACGGCGCCGAUGUCCCCGCGGCGGAAGUAGCCGAGAAGAUAAAGGCGGACCCUCACUCGAUCAACAAGCUGGAGUACAUGGGCGCCGUGAUCAAAGAGGUCCUCCGCCUCUUCCCGCCGGCCAGCACGCUCCGGGAACUUCGCCGGCCCCAGGACAUCGCGGCGUCCAAGGACCGGUACAUCCACGACCCCAAGACGGGCAAGAACUAUCCCAUCCAAGGGUUCCACGUGUGGCCGGCCGCCACCAUGAUCCACAGAAACGCAGACUACUUCCCUGACCCGGUCAAGUUCGUGCCGGAGCGGUUCUUGCCGUCGCUGACGCCGUACCCGAACGCAAAGUUGCACACGCCGGCGGGCAAAGACGCGUGGAGACCGUUCGAAAAGGGUCCGCGGAACUGUAUCGGCCAGGAACUGGCCAUGAUCGAGACAAAGAUCUCGUUGGCGCUGGUCGUCAAGGACCUGGAUUUCACGCCCGAGUACGAUGGCGUCAAGAUACAUAGUUGGACGCCCAUCGAGACCAAGGAUGAGUUCAAAGAUGGCGUGCCUGGGGCGAAGAGGUUGACUAUUGAAGGUCACAGGCCAUACCAGGUGUUGCAUGGCGCGGCGAGACCGAGGAACGGUAUGACGGGUAGGAUGAGUUUGAGGGGGAAGAAAUAG